AUGGGCACAUCUUUUGGGAUAUGGACCCUAUUCACCGACGGCGCCUCGAACGUAAGAAGGUCUGGGCUCGGCAUAGUCCUAAAGCCACCUACAGGCGGCGUGAUUAGACAAUCUAUAAAAACAACAAGGUUAACUAACAGUGAAGCCGAGUAUGAGGCUGUGAUUGUAGGUCUGGAAUUGGCCAAAGGCCUAGGAGCUGAAGUCAUUGAAGCAAAAUGUGAUUCCCUCGUGGUGGUAAAUAAGGUAAAUGAGAGCUUCGAGCUUCGGGAAGACAGGAUGCAAAGAUACUUAGACAAAAUUCAAAUCACAUUUCACCGCUUCAAAGAAUGGACCCUAGUCCACAUAUCCCGAGAGGAGAAUAGCGAAGCCGAUGCACUCGCAAACCUGGGAUCAUCUGUCGAGGAAGAUGACAUACUCCCCAUAUCUGUUGUUCAACUGUCAUAG